AUGGCACCGAGGUCAAUUGUCACCAUUGACGCUUCCGAGCCUCUGGAAACCAUCAACGCCAUUAUUGCACGAGAUGGCGGAGUCAUUGUCUCGAAUUUCCUCUCGUCCGAGCUUCUGCAUGAAUGCUUGACAGCAGUUGAGCCAUACUUCGACAGUCGUCCAUUGUACACAUCUACAGCAACCCACCAGGAGCUGGGCGAGAAGUUCUUUUCGCCCGGUUCACAACGUGUCUAUGGCCUUUUGGGCAAAAUGCCAGAGCAAAUUACCCAGAUUCUUCGGUCGCCCGUCUGGAAUGGUAUAAUGGAUCGGUUUUUGAGUGACGAAUUCGCUUCGUGGACCGGAAACUUAUUGGUCCCCCAGAAGAGUGGCUACAUGCUGAAUGCAACCACCGCCAUUCGACUGGUCCCCGGAGCAGAAGCUCAACCACUACACAGAGAUCAAAUGGCAUAUCAAAUCCGGCCGGACCCGAGAAAUCCUCUUUUCACCGUCAUGGUCGGCUGCCUGAUUGCCGCAUCCAAAACCACGGUCAAGAACGGCGCGACAAGAGUGAUUCCAGGCAGUCAUCUCUGGGGAGAGGACCGCGCACCCCAGCUGGAGGAGGCUGUCUAUGCGGAAAUGGAACCAGGAUCUGCUCUGUUCACUCUUGGUUCCACUUACCACGCAGGCUCGGAGAACAAAUGCGACCCGAGCGAUCCAGACGCCUUCCGCACGCUUUUUGCUGUUUUCGGUCAGCGUGACUAUUUCAGGCAACACCAGGAAGAAGUCCUCUCCACACCGGUCGAAGUGGCCCGCAAGUUGCCCGACGAUAUACUGAAGAUUACCGGCUACUAUAAAUCCCUCGGAGGGGUCGGCUACGUCGAAGACCACCAGGCCCCAGUGGAGUUUUUGCAUCCAGAUCAACAUCCAGACCGGACCGGGACCGGGACCGGUAUCGGCAGCCUGAAUAGCCAGACCCAAACGGUCAAGGUGGGAAUUUAA